AAUUUCUUUUUCUCUCCGUUGGCGUGCCGCUUCUGUGGGAGCAAUCGGAAAAAUUUCAUUUUCUUUUUGCUUCCUUCCACAAUAAACACGUCUUGGAAGUAGAUUUCGGGGGCACAAUUUAUAUCACCGCCUCGGCUGACAAGCGGGCGUACAGUCUAACGUUGAUUUACAAUUCCCUUAUGUUUGUAGGACCGGUGCGUCCGGAAUCCUUUACUCGUCUUCCUCCACCGCUUCAUCCCGCCUCCAUGGCGGAUCCGCACCUAUCCUCCGGGGACAACACGGAAUGCGUCCCGAACACGACAUCGGAAGAUGAACUUGUUGAAGUCGACGUGGUGAUCGACGACGACGACGAGGACUCCGAAAUUCUGCAGCGUUUGGCGACGCGCCACUACUACAGUUAUACGACGGCGCUGGGUGUCACCGUCGGCGUCGGUUGUCUACUGCUAGUGCUCAACAUGUUAAUCUUCGCCGGCAUUUACUAUCAAAGAGACAGAGAUCGCCGUCGCAAAAAUCGAAACCGCGCGUGCCGCACGAACUCCUCGCCAUCCACCGAGAACAUCCCCAUGUCCCAACGGCCGGCGACGCCCGUCGGCUCCUCUCGACCCCAGUCGCCCGCAAUCUGCCACAACGAAAAGCAGGAGUUACCCCCGUGCUAUACGAUGACAAAAAAUUCAAAUCUACCGGACGCGCCCCCGCCACCCCGACAAAACACACUGCCAAGAAAGCCGACGAUAGACAAACCGGCGCCACCUAUGCGAACUUCGAGCAACCCGCCCGGCGGCACCGUCAAAAAGAGAGUGCACAUCCAGGAGAUAUCCGUAUAGCAAUCACUGAACAGGGAGUUUCCCAAUUCGAAUCCUAAACCAGACGUGACCCCCGAACACGAAACUUUGGAUUUAAAUGACUGUGAUUUAGUGUCUGUCCAAUUAUAACAUGAGACUAAUUGUGUCGUUUUAUUUGUUGAUUACUAACUGAUCCGUUAUAGCGUAUACAGAGUGGUUUUUAUUGGACUACCUACUCUUGUGGCACCCUGCGACUGCUCAAGCUCAACGCCAAAGGAAACACCACUCUUCCACUUCAAUUAUCUACGUGGUUUUAUACAAAUGUUUUUGUUAUGAGAUGUUCGUAGAUUUAAUUCCUCCCCCUACCCCCCCUGUUAACCUACCUAUCUAUGAUGAGGUGUUUUACUCAAUUUUACUGAAAAUUUCUAUAGUUGAUUGAUAUAUCGUUGAUAAAGAAAUUUUAUAAACUGUCACUGUUCAUUAUGUACCUAAUUCAUUUGUAAAUAAUAUACGUCUGUUUUUUGUAAAUAAAAAUUAACAAAUAUUUAUA